UUUUAAAAGCUUGGCGGUUAGGAUUUUUGCCCGUAUACAUCGCAGGCUAGCUGUGUGGAGUCGGCGGACGUGUUGGGUUUUUAUUUCUUGUUGUUUUUUUUAAGUUGGAGUUUCUUUAAGGAGGUGAAAUGGACGCAGAAACUAUGACCUUACUGGCUGGACUCGUUGUCAAAAUCAGCCGCAGUGACGGGCGAGUUCACAGUGCAACAGUAAAAACAGUCAACGCUGCAAUGUCGACAGUUCAUGUGGAGUGGGACGAGAAAGAAGUGAUCAAAGGGAAAGAGAUUGACAUGAGUGACAUCUGUCAUCUCAAUGCUGAUCUCAUCGAGUACUUAAAAUCAGGACCUCCUACUGCUCCAGCCCCGAAGCCUGUACGGGCACCUAAAGGCGAGAAAUCUACCAAGUCAUCAAAGAUACCUGCCCCUUCAGAGAUGGCCCCUCCUGCUGGUCCCUCUGAGGAGCCAGUCUCCAGACGAAUGACCACUCGGCAGACUUGUCUGUUUCGACCACCAGCCAUUCCAUCUGCUGGUGUGUCACAUGCUAAUGAUGCUCCCAGUAAGGAGCAGCCUUCAUCUACUAUUCCAAGAGCCUCAGGAUUACAAAGUUACCCAAAAAGACAAGUCGUGAAACCCCCAUCUCUGCCUCCUGCAAUUGAAGCAGUGUCGGAAAGCGAAGCCUCAAAAUGCGCUCCUGCGCAUGCUGCUAACCAACGCCUUUCACGAGCUCCAGAAGUAAGCAAAAUUACAAACAAAAGGCUGUCCGUUCUAGCUAAAAUCCCAGAAACUCAUGCCAAGAAAGGAAAGUAUGGGGAUAUGAAUCGCCCCAACAAGCAGUUCUAUCAGAUGAUUGAAGAUUAUCGCGAGACCGUGGAGAAAGUUCCGUUGUAUUUGAGCGACCCUGUUGAACUACACAGAAUCUGUGUGUGUGUUCGCAAGCGGCCUCUAAAUAAAAAAGAAUUGGCUAAGAAAGAGAUUGAUGUGGUGACAAUCCCAGGAAACGGAGUCCUCCUGUUCCAUGAACCCAAGCAGAAAGUUGAUCUCACCAAGUACCUUGACAACCAGUCUUUCCACUUUGAUUACUCAUUUGAUGAAGAUGCCAGCAACGAUUUAGUUUACAGGUUCUCUGCUAAACCUCUAGUUAAUACUAUUUUUAAGGGUGGAAGGGCAACGUGUUUUGCAUACGGUCAAACCGGGAGUGGAAAGACGCAUACGAUGGGUGGAGACUUUUCAGGAAAGGCUCAGAACAGCUCCAAAGGAAUCUAUGCAUUGGCAGCCCAGGAUGUGUUUGCGUUCCUGCAGCAGAAAAGAUAUGCUGAUCUGUGUGCAUAUGUGAGCUUUUUUGAGAUCUACAAUGGCAAGGUCUUUGACUUGCUGAAUAAGAAGGCAAAGCUGCGUGUGCUCGAAGAUGAAAACCAGCAGGUGCAGGUCGUUGGUCUGCAGGAAAUGCCUGUCUCAUCAGUUGAAGAUGUUAUAAAAAUGAUUGAGAAGGGCAGUGCAUGCAGAACAUCCGGCCAGACGUUUGCCAAUGCCAACUCGUCCCGUUCCCAUGCCAUCUUGCAGGUUAUCUUGAGGCGGAAUAAGCUGCUUCAUGGUAAGCUCUCUCUGGUAGACCUGGCAGGGAAUGAGCGGGGCACAGACGUCAGCAGCAAUGAUCGGCAGACUAUGGUGGAGACGGCAGAGAUCAAUCGCAGUCUUCUGGCAUUGAAGGAAUGCAUCCGAUCGCUGGGGCUGAACAACGAACACAUCCCCUUCCGGAUGAGUAAGCUCACCCAGGUGCUCAGAGACUCCUUCAUAGGCGAGAACUCCAGGACAUGUAUGAUUGCCAUGAUCUCACCCGGGAUGAGUUUUUGUGAAUACACUCUUAACACACUCCGGUAUGCAGACAGGGUGAAGGAGUUGAAUUCAUUGUCGAAAGGAACUGCACAGAACACCAAGUUAACUGAGGAGUCGGCGGAGGAGGGCACCAGUUUUGUGGAGGAGGAGGGUAUUUCUGCAGAAUAUGAAGUCAUGGCCCAGUUGUCUGAACUCGAAGAUCGAUUCUACGAAGAUCUAAAGGGUGCUGCUGAAAUUGGCCAAUCUAUGGAGGAGACUGCCUAUGAUAUUGUGAGCGGAAUUGCAGAUAUCGACGCUUACAUGGAGCGACUCCAAGCAUCUUACAAUGCUGUGAGAACAGCUGUUGAGGCAAUAAAAGCCAGCGCACACAACCUGGCAUGACCCGCAAACCGAAGAAAAAUCCACGUUAAUGUUGCUGCGUAAUGUUAACCUGUCCCUUGAUAACUCAAAAUUCCCUUGUAAGUUUUAAUUACAAUUUGUUUGGAUGUUUGUGUCGUCAUAUUAUAAACCUUCUUAUUCACUGAAUAAAUGUUUACUUAUGACA